AUGGAAGAUUAUUACAUGGAGGAAUCAAAUCAUGAUAAAGAUUGUGAGGAUGAUGAUGAUGAUGCAAAAGAUUGUGGGACCAAAGAAGAAGAAGAUAUUGAGUCCAUAGAUCCGAAUGAGAUAAAGAAUAUCUCUAAAGAUGAUAAUCAUGUAAUUUCCGAAUCUGCCCCUGAAGAGUUAAAAUGUGCAGAAUCUGAUACUGUUCCAAAAGGCAUUGACAAUUAUGUCCCUCAAGAACAACAGAUGGAUUUGAAUUCUGUUUUAUUGGAUGAUAAAGAUAAAGAUAAAGAUAAAGAUAAAGAUAAAGAUGAAGAUCGACCACUUCCAUCACUUAAAUCCCUUCUUGAAUCCAUCAAUGGUGUUGAUGAUAAAGAUCAACACCCAUCUCAGAGUUGUGUAGAAGGAAAUGAAGGUGAAGAAGAAGUAAGCACAAGUAUAGAAGGAAACAACACUUUGAAUCUAACCAAUGGCAAAACCGUAAUUUCCAGUGGUCUCCAUGAUGUUCAUGAACGUGGUGAAGGAGAGUCAAGUUUCUCUGUUGCGGGUCCCGUUUCAGGGCGCAUAAAUUAUUCCGGGCAGAUUGCAUUUUCGGGCAGCAUCUCUCUCCGGUCAGACAGCAGCACAACCAGCACCAGAUCCUUUGCCUUUCCCAUACUGCAGACAGAGUGGAACAGCAGCCCAGUCAGGAUGGCGAAAGCUGACCGGAGAAGAUUACAGAAGCAUCGUGGAUGGAGGAAUGGGCUUUUGUGUUGUAGAUUUUGAAUUAAUUUUAAUGUGUCCUUUUUUAAUUUAUAGGAGGUGAGUUUUUAUAUAUACAUACAAAUCAAAAAGAAUUUACAGAUAAAUGUUAAAACGGGAAGUGUUUUUUUUAGGGAGGGUUUGAUGUGGAGUUAGUGGUUGAGGUUGAAAAAUGGUAUGUGUGUUGUGUGUUGUUUUUACUUCAUUUAGU